AUGAGCGAGCGAGGCGACGUCACGGCGCAAGCUGCCGAAAGAGCAGACACGGGCACGCCGCCGGUUGAUGAUGGUGCCGCGGAUGCGCAGGCUGGCCAAAACAGCAAAAAGCGCAAGAACGGCAAGGAGCCCGAGGCCAACAAGAAGCCCAAGGUGGUUGAGAACAAGGCCAUUUGGAUCUCCAAUCUGCCCCCAGACACGACUGCCAAAGAGAUUGAGGACGAGUUCUCGCGGUUCGGCAUCAUUGACAAGGGCGCCGAUGGCCAGCCACGUAUCAAAAUGUACAUGGACGACGAGACGGGCAAGUUCACGGGCAACGCCAUGGUCGUCUACUUCCGCAAAGAAGCCAUUACCAAUGCCGUCAACAUGAUGGAUGACUACGUCCUCCGCCCAGGCGACUACUCCAACGGCACCAUCCGCGUCGAGCCCGCAAAGAUUGAGCACAAGAAGGAGAGAGACGGCGACAAGAUUGCCUCGAAGCUUACACGCAAGGACAGAAAGGCAUCGGAGCGCAACAGGGCAGAACUGAACCGGUGA